GACGCGCUUCUGUCAGAAACAGAGCUUAACUGAAGUGAAACAGGGAGAGAGAGAACCAGGCUCAUUCAAUUUUUGCUUGUCUGCCAUCCGGUUAACUACUGUACUGUCCUGUCUGAGGUUCUGUGAUCUGGUUUUUCUUUCAGGUUGAUCAGUGGGACUACGAAAAAGACAUCCAACCAGAUCUUGGAAGCUUCUCAUCUUGGACAUUUGAAAUUUGGGAUUGUCAGCUGUUAAUCAAAAUCUCAACUAUAUCUGAAUUGCUGCAGGUAACCUGCUUUGCACUCGCACAACUCUACAACUUUGGCCUGCGGUUAGGGAGAUGCUAAUAGCUUAUGCAAACUGGAUACAAAUCUAACUGAGGACUUGCAUAUCCAGCGCUUAUUAUUUUUGGAAUUUGUAUUCUUUUAAACUUUGUGGAAGAGUUUGAAUCCAAAGUUUAACCUGGUGUAUGAGCAAACAGCUGCGACUGUGAAGGGGUCUCAGGUGAAGGGGGCAAGACAAUAAUCAGGUGUUUUUUGGAAGGGUGAGUCAGGCUCAAACAGAGCCACGGUGGAGGACGACCUACUGGAUUUCGCUGAUAUGGACGUGCAUGGGUAUGACCACUAUGCAGAUGGGGAUAGGGACAGCUACCAGAUUGAUUACCGGCGUAUCGUGGGGGACAUGGAGCCGGCCAGACCACAGAUGUCAUUACGAGACUCAGAUCAUCACUUUUAUGGCCCGUUUACCCAUAAUACAAUUCAUGGGCAUGGGCAUGGGCACGAGACAGCUGCUCAGCGCUACAGUGCCACCCGGAUUCAGGCAGGAUAUGAACCAGAAAGCAUGGCUGAUUACCUUAUCAGUGGGGGAACUGGGUACGUUCCAGAGGAUGGGCUGACUGCCCAACAGCUCUUUGCCGUCGGUGAUGGUCUCACAUACAAUGAUUUCCUGAUACUGCCUGGCUUUAUUGACUUCACAUCAGAUGAAGUGGAUUUGACAUCUGCCCUGACCCGGAAGAUAACCCUGAAGACGCCCCUCAUUUCAUCUCCCAUGGACACAGUCACAGAGUCCUCCAUGGCCAUCGCUAUGGCUCUCAUGGGUGGAAUAGGAAUUAUUCAUCACAACUGCACACCUGAGUUCCAGGCCAAUGAGGUCCGGAAAGUGAAGAAAUUUGAGCAAGGCUUCAUUACGGACCCUGUAGUGAUGAGUCCACGGCAUACGGUCGGCGAUGUGUUUGAAGCAAAGGUACGGCACGGUUUCUCCGGCAUCCCUGUCACAGAAACCGGCAAGAUGGGAAGCAAGCUUGUGGGCAUCAUUACAUCACGAGACAUUGACUUCCUGUCAGAGAAGGAUUACAAUAGGCCACUGGAAGAGGCAAUGACAAAACGAGAAGAUUUAGUGGUUGCUCCAGCAGGUGUAACAUUAAAAGAGGCAAAUGACAUUUUACAGCGCAGUAAAAAAGGUAAACUGCCUAUAGUGAAUGACAGCGAUGAGCUUGUAGCUAUAAUAGCUCGUACCGAUUUGAAGAAGAACAGAGACUAUCCUCUAGCCUCCAAAGACUCUCGUAAACAGCUGCUGUGUGGCGCUGCCAUUGGCACCCGUGAGGACGACAAGUACCGGCUAGACCUGCUCAUGCAGGCCGGAGUGGACGUGAUAGUUCUGGACUCUUCUCAGGGGAACUCAGUGUUUCAGAUCAGUAUGAUCAACUACAUCAAACAGAAAUACCCAGAACUACAAGUUGUUGGAGGAAACGUGGUGACUGCUGCUCAAGCAAAGAAUCUUAUAGAUGCCGGUGUUGAUGGUUUACGAGUGGGCAUGGGCUCUGGAUCCAUCUGCAUCACACAAGAAGUGAUGGCGUGUGGGAGACCGCAGGGCACGUCUGUGUAUAAGGUGGCUGAGUACGCCCGGCGUUUUGGGGUUCCGGUCAUUGCAGACGGUGGCAUCCAGACGGUUGGGCAUGUUGUCAAAGCCCUUGCUCUGGGAGCAUCCACAGUGAUGAUGGGGUCAUUGUUAGCAGCAACCACAGAAGCGCCCGGUGAGUAUUUUUUCUCAGACGGCGUACGACUGAAGAAGUACCGUGGCAUGGGCUCUUUGGACGCAAUGGAGAAAAGCAACAGCAGUCAGAAACGUUACUUUAGUGAAGGUGAUAAAGUGAAGGUGGCUCAGGGAGUCUCUGGCUCAGUUCAGGACAAAGGCUCCAUACACAAAUUUGUUCCAUACCUCAUCGCUGGAAUUCAACAUGGCUGUCAGGAUAUCGGUGCAAAGAGCUUGUCCAUUCUGCGAUCGAUGAUGUACUCUGGAGAGCUGAAGUUUGAGAGGAGGACCAUGUCUGCUCAGGUUGAGGGUGGAGUUCAUGGACUGCAUUCAUAUUCUUUUGUGCCAUUUACGAGAAGUGGUUAUAUUGAACAGAGCAGCAGGGGGCACACAAGAGCUGGACCCAAUGUCCCGUCACCAGCCAGCCGUCACUAAACACAGCAGCUACAAGUGAUUUCUGCUAUCCUCAUCCCCUUCAUCCUUUUUCAUGGGCUGUAUUUCAAGGUUAACGUACCAUCACAUAUACCCUGAACUCUCGGUUGAUUAACCCAGACCAUGCUUACUUGAGUAUAUUCACAGUUAGCACACAAAACUUUCUCAACAGAGCGAUGAAUCAACAAGUCACCAUGCAAACCUACGCUAAGAAUAAUCGCACUAUAGUGCUUCUUUCUUCUUCUUUUGAUCAGUGGUCAUUUACUUAUUUGAUGGCCAUGGAAUCAUUCUUCUAUUUACAUUUUUUGUUUUGUGUAAUCUUUUAAUCACUGAGAAUAAGAAUUACAUUUUUUUGUGUGACACUAAUUAUAUAAUAAGAAAUAUCAAAUAUGUAUUUUUUAUUAUAGAAAUGCACAUUAAAUAUAGACUAAACAUUAAAAAUGAAAAAGAAAACUGUCUGAUUGUAAUAAAAGCCAGCAACAGUACUGAAUAUACUAGGAACUUUAUUGUUUUGAUUUUGUUUGGGCUUCCCUGUAAGAACUAGGUACUUGAGAUGUUAUUUUGAAAAUCCUAUGAAUGUACUGCAUCAUCUGAAAUAUGAGGAUGCAAUGUAUGUGUAUGUAAGAGAGAGGCUGUCUAUGAACAUUUCUGAUAUGUGGGGUAUAUUUUUCCAGACUGUCUUGGUGGUUCAUUCUAAUUCACAUUGUCUGUUAUUUUAAUAGCAAUAAUACUUUUUGUGAUCAUCAUGUUAUGAGUAAAUCAAGUGCUUUCCACUUUGCCAUUAGAGUGUUACCAGUUAAAUUGGAAGGGAAUCUAAAAUAUAAAAA